CAGACUGUUUGAAAAAACCGGUCUCCGAGGGCUACUCGAGCGAAGGAUUGUGUCGGUCUCCGAGACGCUCGCUUUCCCUUUUACCGACGACGGCGCCUCGAGAGGGGAGAGUUCUGCGAGGGGGUGUCGCUCGCGUCACAUCAGCCGGCAAAUCUCGCUUUUCGUAUAUUUGGCUCGGGUGCAGGGGAAGAAGAAGGCCGGGCGGGCGCCCCAGAGAAGAAGGGUGCCGCAUGUUCGGUGACUGUACGCUCUUUCGAAUGCAUGCGCGUCGGUUGAGAAACGGAAAAAACCGCGAGGACAUCCCCGGUCAUCGAAAGCGUACGCUCGUAAUUUUGGGAUCGCCAUCGAGCAGCCUUCGUCUGUGGUUUGACUCUGCGAGGCCGACCAUUCGUCACGCGAGACGUCGCUCUCAGUGCGAGGCAGAGGGCCUCGGAAUGGAACCGCGAAGUGUCACCUGACAAAAUAAUCCUCUCUCCGGAUCGCGCCACAAGCAAUGAAGACGCUGCUGACUCUUCUGCUGCUUCUGUGGACAGCCGUGCUGCGCGGCAGCACGUUUGCCUUUCACGUGGACUGUAACGUCACGCUUCCGUGGACCGCGAAGGCCGAAGAACACGAUGACGUCCCCAGAGAUCUAUUCGAGGAGCUACUUCGCUGCCCUGCUGGACUCAACGGCUGCGCUUCGUCGCCCGUCGAGUGCGCGCUGAACCUGUUCGCGGUGACGUGCUCGUGCGCGACCAACUGCGAGGCGUACGGCGACUGCUGCUGGGAGGCGGGUUCGACUCUCGCUCGACCUAGCGCAGCCGCAUGCGUGACGCUAAACGUCAAAGGCCUCUACGACAAGGACAUCUACGUGGUGACGGGAUGCAACCGCGAGUGGCCCCGGGACCAGGUGCGAGAUGCGUGCGAAAACGUCGACACGUACAACGACACGUUUUACGCGAUUCCCGUGACGAGUGAGCGGAACGUGACGUACCUGAAUGCCUUCUGUGCGCUCUGCAAUUACGACUUGGACAGCACGACCACGUUUUGGAACUCGACCGGCGCGAGCCAGAGGUCGGUGACGCACGCCAUACCGAGGUUCGUUGAGAGAAACGGCGAGCAUUUGCUUAGGCCAUGUGCGCGUGGUAUCCAGAUUAACGAGACGUGUCCCCAAGGUUCCGAUUCAGAACACAGCCGCAAGUGUGCGACGUACUUCGCGCCCGUGAAGCACAAAGGCAAUGAGUCGGAAGUCGUGUACAAGAAUGUCUACUGCGCGCUGUGCCAUGGUGUCGAGGCAACGCUGCUGGAGUGCGCGCCGGCGGAAGUGGUGCCGGACUUACGAGACAGACCUCGGUUGAGGUCCUUCCUCGGUCCAAACCUGGUGUCCCUCUUCAAACCGGUGGUCACCAGCGAUUCUUGUUUCUCCUGGCACGGUGACAAAUGUUACAUCAGAGCUCCCGACUACCGCUACGCCAACGUGACGGCCCAGAACGAGACAAUGGCUAAUUUGGAAACCAACGCGACGUCGCCAGCGCGCCGGAGAUGGUACGGAGUGCAAAACUACCUCACCAUCGUCUGCCUCAGCCUCUCCCUCGCGUGCCUGCUCCUGAAGGGUGUGGUGUACGUUCUAUACAGGCACUCGCGGUCGUUCUCGUCCAAAUGCACCCUUUGUCUCUCGGUGACCUUGUUCUGGAGCCAGUUGAUCUUCCUUUUAGCGAACAGCUUCAAGGUCCCCGCGCCGUUCUGCGCAGUGCUGGCCCUGGUCCUGCACUACGGGUUUCUCUCCACGUUCUUCUGGACAAGCGUUCUGUCGUUUGACAUAUGGAAGAACGUCGCCGCUGUGGUGCACCUACCGUCAGGGCGCCACGGAUGCGGAUUCUUCGCCUACUGUCUCAUCGCCUGGGGAGGACCGUCGGUCAUCGCCGGCCUCAGCGCUGUGCUCAACUGGACAGUGCGGUCCACUUUCCCGCUGUCUCCGCGAUACGGCCACUUCGGCUGCUGGAUCGGCAGCACAGGGGCGCAGGCAGUGUUCUUCCUGCUUCCCAUGAUGCUGUUGCUUCUACUGGACUUGUGUCUUUACGCGCACAUCGUGAUUCACAUCCGCCACACGUCGAGCCAGACCGCGGGAUUCGACUUCAAGGGAGGCGGACAGCGAUCCCACAUGGCGCUGUUCGUCAAGCUGGCGUUAAUCAUGGGCACCACGUGGCUUACGGGAUUCGUGGGAGCCUUCGUCGACGUCCUCGCUGUGGACAUCAUCGUGAUCGUUCUGGUGGGACUACAAGGCGUGUACUUGUUCUUCGGAUUCAGGGAUUAUCGUCACUUCCUGCCUAAGCGUUUCUUCCGGAAGGAUCUGGAACGGACCACCAGCGCCUCCAGCGGCAACACGGUGCUGGCGGCGAGCGUCGCGAGGGACCCUAACGGAAGUGUUCACGAACUCCACCGGAAGCGCAGUUUUGACAUCAUCGAGAGACCAAAGUGACCCCUUCCUCACUUUAUCAGAGUGCUUCCUUUCUAAACUCACGUGAGACGUGAAUGCGUGUGCGUGUGUAUUUUGUGUUAUUUAUUUUUCCUAACUCUGACAAAGAACAAGAAGCUGCAAAGGUUCGUAAGCACAAACAAGACGGACAUCAUUUAGUCUGCUGUGCGUAGUGCUGUUGUGCAACUUUGAACACUCAUGCCGUUCCUUUGACCCCCUGCUUCCGCUUUUUCAAUUGGCAGCCCGAUUACUUUCUGAUGGUGCUUGCCAAGAACGCAGGGAGGUUGCUCAUCACUUUGUCUUCACGUCAAUCCGAGUGUACAUUUCUCGCUUUCAUUUUUUCCGGCUGCUCGUAAAAUAACACCAUGCAACACUUUUCGUUGCGGCCAUCUUUUAGACUAAAAGUGAGAUAUAAAAUUGCGAACAGUUGAAAUUAUGUUUGCGGUACUGAACAUAAGGAAAAUACUGUUGCUGAAGUUAUCACGUGAUAGAUGAUGAUGCUAUGAAAAAGUUGCGAGCUAUCAUGGCGAGCUAGCAGUUUAACAGGUAAGCACCGUGUACUUAAUUAUGUUGCCUGAACUACCUUUUUAGGCAGUCAAGUAUUUUGACAGUGCACAUGUAUGAAUGAUGUUAAUGGUAGUAGUGUCAUCAGCGGUAUUACGGGCAAAUGAAUUGCGACCAAGGCACAGUUGAGCCAAGAAUCAGGGCUAAGUUACACACAGUCGCGCGCUUGGCAUUUCUACCAGGUCUUACCUUAAGCUUGGUGCUUUUUUAUGCCUCUGUAUUCAGUAAUUGUGUGCCCGCAGAGAUAAUUAAAGUAUUAGAGCACAUCUGAAUCAUUGUUUGUAAUAGCAUUAUAGUCAUAUAAAGCCAACAUGCAAUAAAGAAAAGGAAUGCAUAGAGAAAAUUAUUUGUUACUUUAAUUGAAAUGUACAAAUGAUAUAGUAAAGGGAAUUGAACGUCGGUGAAAAAACAAAUUGCCCCAGGUGGGAUCCGAACCCACGUCUUCGCAUUACGCAUGCGACGCUUUUACCAAUUGAGCUACCACGGCGCCGUUUUACCGUCUACUUUCUUCUUAUUAGUACACUAAUACGUGUACUACAUCUAUCUCUGGGAGCGUUAGCUAGAGCCACAACUCACGACCAUGGCGGCAGGUGUAGAAAUUCCUUGAUACCGCAGGCGUCAUGUUGUACGUCAGCUUGGGAGAAGGCAACUGGCCAAUAAGCCCCGUGCGCUACCUGAAGACGUAGGCUACCUCAUAUGCUACCUCGUAUACCAACCGUUAUUUGCAUUCAUUUGACCUUUCUAUGCAACAGUGACUGUUACAUUGACUUCUCGAAGUGAAGAAGAACUACACUCUAAAAAAAGUUUACAGCCUUUGGGUCGUAUCUUGUCCCCAAACGAUAAUCCUCAUCUGCCUUGCUUGCGUUUCCUUUCUUUAAAACCCAGCGCUCGCUACUUUCCUGCCGAGAAUGCUGUGUAACGCUGAUAACGCGCAAGCCUUUCGUGACUAGGAAGUACCGGGCUCGCAGCGUUAAAAAAGGAAAUGCGCACAAGACAGAUGACGAUUAUUGUUUGCGAACAAGAUAUACGACCCAAAGGGUGUAAACUUUUUUAGUCUUUACCUUGUCGCUUACGCGUGGCAUUCACCAACGUAUACUCAUUAUUGAUGAGAAUGAACGAUAAUGCCGAUCGCAAUGCCUGCGGUUGCGAAGAAACUGCUGAACGCCUUCUAUGCUAUAGUCCGUCCUUCAAAGAUGAGACUUGCCCUUCGCAUCGCUUUAAACUAGCUAGACGGAUGACCUUUAUCACUGAACAACGUUUCAAUAUUAGCCAUGGUUUCGCUAUCACAGCUGGUGAAGGCCAGAGAAUAGCUGCUGCGAUUCCCGAAGGCAACCUGACUGAGCGAUCGUCUGUGACACAGCGCUCCCGUUACGUCGGCGACGCAAGUGCACAUCAAUACUUAACUUUCUCUCCUUCUCUUAACUUUUGCACUUAAAUUGCCACUCCAGGCGAAUUUUCGCCGUCGCUGCCGUCGUGAUGUUCGGGAUAUCUAUGUAAAUGAAUAAACUUAAAUAAAUUUGUUUGAUAGCAGGAUUCGAACACAGUACCUAUAGCACACAGGCCCGAUACUGUGACCAAUAGGCCUUCCUACCUUGCCAUCCCUUUCAAUGCUACGCCUUUCGGGUGAAAUUGCCAUUUGUUUUCUUCUCUUUCUAAUUCCCACAGUGCAAGGCAGCCAACCGGCCUCAGCCGUGGCUAACCUCCUUGUCUUUGAUUGAUCGUUUUCUCUCUCUAUCGCUCUCUCUUCAAUGCACUCCUGACCACCGAAAGGCUUGAGAGUAUAUGUUGUGGCAUUGCGCUCCGAAGCUUUACCUGUCUCACAGCGGACGCCAUGGGGAAGGGGGUCCGGGGUAAUUUUCGCUCCCUGAGCUUCUCACAGCAAUACAGUACAUGAGCCUAUUUGUAUUCCGUCGUCAUAGUAGUUAUGCGACCUCGUGCGCGGCAACAACAAUAUAGGCAUUCAUGGAGCCACCACGAUGCACUGUAGUCGGAACACGGUAGCUGGGACGAAAUUAGAUUUCCUUGUAGACGACUAAUUGUUCCUAAAAUGAAAGCACGCAAUCUGCACACGUCAUGAGUCCAGCACAGCGCCUUCGAAGCUCAUGCGUAACAGGAAUGAAAAAAAAAAAUCUUUUAGCAAUUUUAAUUUCUUGUUAAAAUGCUUGUAUAUGGUCCGGAAGCUGCCUGAAGAUAUAGUGACAA